GGCUUUCCAAGACUUUUCGAUGGCAUGGCUCUAAAGAAGAGAACUGUUGAUGGCGACGGCGAUGGUGAUGGUGAUUUACCAACAGAGACGUCUUGUCUAGUUUUACACGACGUUUGUGACGAUCCUCCAACUGUUUUAUCUUUCCUGAAGUUGGAUGAGGAAUUAGUGUUUCGUGGUAUUAUCUCACUACGAGUUCUGUUGGGAUGUGUGUGGAUGAAUGGGUUCAUGUUCAAACCGCGUCAUAAUGCAAUAGAGCUGCACUCCCCAAAUGUAGGAAGCUGUUUAGUCGUGAAGGCAGAUGACCUUCCAGUGUCAUCAUCCUUGGCUCAGUAUUCGGAUGGUAACACAGCUGAGCGGAAGCGGAAAGGCUUGAAGAGAAAGAGAGUGAAGAGAGUAAUGUUGACUGCAGUACUUCCUGUUGAUUGUGACCAAGAGAGGAUCAGUGAGGUCAUUAACAAUAGUGGAGAAGACUGGAUGUCUCUAGGAGCUGUGGUACUCCUUCAGCAGCAAGAGUCGUUUCUGGUGGACUUUAUUACUAGGAUAGACAAGCAGUUUUUAAACCUUUACGGUGCUUACGACGUGCAAGACCAACAAGCAGUCACCACUUGCAUACCAAGAUUUCAGCUCAACAGUCCAACCCAUGAACAAUGUAUAUCGAUAUCGAGUCAGUGGGAGCAAUCUGCAGCUGACAUAUUGAAAUAUUGUAUGGAUACCACAACAUCUGCCAACCCUCUUGGAACUCGCAAUUCCUUGGUAAUUGUAAUGUGUGGUGCUAAGAAUAGUGGGAAAUCAACCUACAGUCGUUUCCUUGCUAACACCUUUUUGAACAAGUAUCCCCAGCUGACAUACCUGGAAGCAGAUGUGGGACAGACAGAGUUCAUGCCACCUGGAUUUGUGGGGCUCAACCUCAUAACCAAGCCAAUAACAGGGCCAGCCUUUACCCACCAAUUUCCUCCUCUUGUUGCUCACUUCUUUGGUGAUGUCAGUCCAAAGUCGAGGCCUGGUUUCUACUUGCAGUGUGUGUCCUCUUGCUACUGGCACUGGAACAAUGACAAGAGUAUUGCAAACUCACCUCUUCUUGUCAAUACUUGUGGUUGGGUGAAAGGAUUAGGUAUUCUUCUUCUGGCUGAUAUUUUGAGGAUUGUGAAACCUACUCAUAUUGUACAGUUACAAUUGCGUGGCAACUUGAAGAACGCUCCUGCUAUUGACUUUAAGUUUCUUCGAUCAGCUUCGGGAUGGAGACCAGAAGGUGAAAGGCAGAGACAGUGGCCGAGCAUUGGGUCUAGUCACCCAAUUGUUUAUAUUCUGGAUUCGUGCACUCCCAGUGGAAUAGUCGAUCAACCUACUCAUCAUCGUCUGUUGGCUUUGCUAGCCGAAUUUACUCAGAUGUUCAAGAGAGAGCACAUGGCGAUACUAAGUGACAGCGAAAACAGUGAGAGAUACCUAGGCAACGUGACUGGGCCACUGUCCAUAUGUUUACCAUACAAAGUAUCCUGGAAGUUUGUUGCAGUUUGUGUACUGCAUGAAAAGGUUCCUCAAAGAUCCAUUCUCUACUCUUUGAACAGCAGUGUUGUAGGCUUAGCUAUAGCCACACAAGAUAUGCUUGAAGAGGCCACUGAUGCUCCAGACGCAUGGUCAUUGCGUUUCCUCAAAGAAGGCUCACUUCCUCGGUGCAUUGGUCUAGGAAUUAUUCGGGCUAUUGAUGAGAAGGGCGGCCAUUUUUAUGUGUCAACUGCACUGACUGAGUCGCAACUGCAGUCAGUCAACUGUCUCUUGAAAGGAAACCUGGAGAUACCGCUCUGCCUUCUUUUUCAGGGAACUGGAAAACCCGGCGUUCGCCCUUAUGUUAGUGGAGAGUGCCAGUCUUUGGUGCUCGGAAGUUCAGUACGCAGGAACAGGCAGCAGCUGUUGCGACGAAGAAGCGGUAAUAUCUAGUUGCUAGCGCAGCCACACAACUUUGAACUCACAGGAAAAGGCCAGCUAAUUAGCACAUGAGCGUUGAAGUAACGGUGUCUACGUACUUGACCUUUCUAGGUCGUUGUCUGGGCUUUUCCAGUCGCUUCCGUCUACGUCAGAAUCGUUGCUGGGCGUUAGUCAGACAUGGAACUCUUGCUACUAACAGCUCGCUCUAGUGGUGGUGCGGUAUAGUGUAGGUCUCCAUAUGGUUGAAAAUGAUGAGUACUGUGUACUCGACAGCAAAA